AGAAUCUAGAAACCAUGUUCCUGAAAAGUUUUGAAUAAAUUAUGUGCACAGGUAAAAAAGAAAUCGCUAAAAAUCCAAAAUCUGGGACCGUCGGGAGUCGGGAAGACUAGAUUUACCGCUUGCCCCCGGGAUUUCAGGGACAGCCUAAUCGUAGAAUGACCCAGUUUUCAGCCUCGGCAGAUAACGAUGGACGCUGGUCAAGAUCGCUUGUUUCUGGGAUUUGAUUUUAGCACACAACAAAUUAAGGCAGAAGCAAUUAAUGACUCUCUGCAACUUGUGAAUGAAACAGCAGUCAAGUUUGACUCGGAUCUUCCAGAAUUCAAAACUCAUGAAGGGGUGCACAUCCACAAUGAUAAUGUCACAGUUACUGCCCCUGCUAUCAUGUGGGUCAAGGCAUUUGACUUGUUGCUUGAUAGAAUGAAGAAGAAUGGUUUUCCCUUUCACAAAGUGGCGUGCAUUUCAGGAGGAGGGCAGCAAACUGGUAGUGUAUACUGGAAAAAAUGUACAAACCAAAUCUUAAGAAAUCUUGAUGACAAAAAACAACUACAUGAACAACUACAGGACUGUUUUUCGAUCUCUGAUUCUCCAGUAUGGAUGGAUGCCAGCACAACAAAGAAUUGCCUCGAACUGGAAGAAAAAAUAGGUGGUCCAUUGAAACUAGCAGAAAUAACUGGUUCUCGUGCUUUUGAGAGGUUUACAGGGCCCCAGAUUACGAAGAUUUCUCAGACAAGACCAUCGGAGUACAGUGAUACAGAGAGGAUUUCAUUGGUCAGUAGUUUUGCAGCAUCCCUUUUGAUUGGAGAUUAUGCUCCAAUAGAUUUGAGUGAUGGAUCUGGAAUGAACCUUUUGGAUAUUAGAACUAAGAAGUGGUCACCAGAAUGUCUUCUGGCUUGUGGAUCCAACUUGAGUCAGAAGCUGGGAGAACCAGUGCCAUCCAAACAAGUCAUUGGAAACGUGAGCCGCUUUCUCAUCGGUCGAUAUAACUUUUGUCCUAAUUGCAAGGUUGUGGCUUUUACCGGAGAUAACCCAGCUUCCCUGGCAGGAGUGGCACCUAAACUAGGUGAUGCAAUUAUAAGUCUGGGGUCCAGUGAUACAGUAUUUUCCUGGCUACCAAGUCGGACCAUGGAACUGGAUGGACACAUCUUUGUUAACCCGAUCGACUCGGAUACGUAUAUGUCUCUAGUCUGCUUUAAGAAUGGUUCUCUUACAAGGGAGAGAAUCAAAGAUGAAUGUGCUGAAGGAUCAUGGGAUAAAUUUUCAGAAUACUUGAAAAACACACCAAUGAGAAAUAAUGGAAAUAUAGGAAUAUAUUUUGAUGUGAUGGAGAUACAGCCAUUAUCACAGGGAAUUUUCCGGUUCAACAAAUUAAAUGAAAAGGUGGCCUCCUUCCCACCAGAAGUAGAAGUUCGAGCUGUGAUAGAAAGCCAGAUGAUUGCUCGUAAAAUGUACAUGGAAAUGAGAGGAAUGCACACAGGCCUGGACAACCGAAUCCUGGCCACUGGUGGAGCCUCUCUCAAUAAGGCCAUUCUGCAG